AGGGUUGUCACUCUGAAUAGGUUCCCCCGGAGCCGGCCUGUGGGAGGCGCGGCCGGGAGGAGGCUUAGGCCCGCGGGCCGGGAGCAGCAGGGGAGCGGCGGGCGUGCCGCGAAAGGGGAACGGAGGCCCCUGACUCGGCACGGGCUGCAGCGCGAGCGGGGCAGCUGUGCCCCGCGCGGUCUCUCCAUGGCGGGGAGUGGCCCGCGGCGGCGGCGGCGCUGACCGGCCAGGGCUGGGCGGGCGUGCCCUGGCGGGGGCCUGGGGCCAAAGAAAGAUGAGCGCUCUCCUCGAGCAGAAGGAGCAGCAGGAGAGGCUGCGGGAGGCCGCGGCCUUGGGGGACAUUCGGGAGGUGCAGAAACUGGUGGAGAGCGGGGUGGAUGUGAACUCCCAAAAUGAGGUCAACGGCUGGACCUGUUUACAUUGGGCGUGUAAGCGCAAUCACGGUCAGGUGGUCUCUUACUUACUAAAAUCAGGAGCUGACAAAGAGAUUCUUACCACAAAGGGAGAAAUGCCCGUCCAAUUAACAUCAAGAAGAGAAAUUAGGAAAAUUAUGGGAGUGGAAGAUGAUGAUGGUGACAGCGAUGACCGCCCCCAGCUGAAGAAGGAGUCAGAACUGCCCUUUGUUCCCAACUAUUUGGCCAACCCAGCCUUCCCUUUUAUCUAUACACCUGCAUCAGAGGAUUCAGCCCAGCUGCAGAAUGGGGGCCCCUCCACACCUCCUGCGUCACCCCCUGCAGAUGGCUCGCCUCCGUUGCUGCCCCCUGGGGAACCUCCCCUGCUUGGGCCCUUUCCACGGGACCGCACCUCUUUGGCACUGGUUCAGAACGGGGAUGUGUCUGCCCCCUCUGCCAUACUUAGAACACCAGAAAGCACAAAACCGGGGCCUGUUUGUCAGCCACCAGUGAGUCAGACUCGAUCCCUGUUCUCUACUGUCCCGUCCAAGCCACCAAUGUCUCUGGAGCCUCAAAAUGGGACAUAUGCAGGACCAGCGCCAGCAUUCCAGCCAUUUUUCUUCACUGGAGCAUUUCCAUUUAAUAUGCAAGAGCUGGUACUCAAGGUGAGGAUUCAGAACCCAUCUCUUAGAGAAAAUGAUUUCAUUGAAAUUGAACUGGACCGACAGGAGCUCACCUACCAAGAGCUGCUCAGAGUGAGUUGCUGUGAGCUGGGUGUUAAUCCUGAUCAAGUGGAGAAGAUCAGAAAGUUACCCAAUACUCUGGUAAGAAAGGACAAAGAUGUUGCUCGACUCCAAGAUUUUCAAGAGCUGGAACUGGUUUUAAUGAUAAGUGAAAAUAAUUUUCUGUUCAGAAAUGCUGCAUCCACACUGACUGAAAGGCCUUGCUACAAUAGGAGAGCUUCGAAACUGACUUACUAAUGCAGCGGAACUUUUAUUACUGAGUAUUGUGACAGGGUGCGCCACCUCCGGGCCAAGGACAAGCCAUUGAUCUGCGCCUUGGAUGCCCGAGGAGGGCCCUGAUGCCACUUCGUAGUACACACUAACAUCGUUCUGCCAAGGUAGGAAGCCCCUGACCCCAAGCAGCGGUGCCACUCUUCCAAGCCUCUUGGUGCACAACAAACCUAUUGCUUGAAGCUGUGAACAGCUGAGAAGUGGCCUGGAGAGGCAGAAGCCGACGGUUCUGUACUUCGCGUGUUUUCUGUGUAUGUGAGAGAGUUGUCUAGGCAGAGGCUGAGAGAGCAGAGCCUGCUUCCGGCCUGUUGACAGCGCUCCUGAAGGGCCGGGCCGCGCUUCCCGCGGUGUUGCAGGCUCACGACUCUCCCGAAAUGUGAACUGACUAGAGAGGACAACGGGAAAGCACAGGUGCCGGACACAGGAAUUUUGGUGUGACUUGUGGCUGUGAGGUUUCACAUAGCAUAUUUAUAAAUGUUACUCAGGUUAAAAGCAUUUAAGAAUACAGUUACCUAAUGUAAAUACGCUGUUAACCAAAAGAGCCUCCCCGCCCCCCACCUUUUCCAUUGUAACCACUCAUGACUUCCGUCUCUAGCCAUUGCUUGUAGUCAUCUCUGCAUUAACUCCCCAUCAUGGUCACUAGAGGGCUCUCUGACGCUUUCUAAAAGAGCAGCGGCUAUUUUUUUUUUCUUUUUUUAAACUGCAGCAAUUCUGUCUUCGCAUUUCUGUUUAAUUUCACGGAAAGAGACGAGCACAAACAUUGCUGGUCCAUGUUCUCCACUUUCAUUUUCCACUAGAAAUGAAAAGCAAUUUUCCAGACAGAAUCUGUUGCUAUUUUAAAGGUUAUUGUGGGAAACUGAACUAAAGGAGUUAGCAUCUUUAUUUUUGUAUCAAAGAUAAAGAUUAUUUUGAAAUUAUUAAGAUUUUUACACAACUCUGAAGUCUGUUGCUUUUGUAAACAAGUUGUUUAAUCUUAGGGAUCCCCCACAACCACCACUAACCUACUUAACAAAGUCAAUGUAAGUCUACCAGGCUUUGUUCUGGAAACAAACACCUGAUUAAACUCCUGAGCAUGGCAUAAGAAUUUUUGUAAAAAAUGCAUUUAAGGGUUCUUUUCCCUCCCUUCACUGUCAUUAAUGUUAAAAAGAAAAGCCACUGUCUUGUUGAACUAAAUAGCUUAACUUUAGAAAUAAGAAUGAGCACACUUAGAUAAACAGGAGAGCAGGGUUUUGGAGCCAGCUGUUGAAGAGCAUCCCUGCUGUCUUAAGAAGCUUUCUCCCCACCGUGCCUAUAGUUUCCAAAGAAACUGAACUUCCUAACUGGGUUAAUUUUAUUGGAACACUGCGACUGAGAGAGAAGGUGCAGAAGAUGUCAGUGGAGGAGAGUGUCAUGCUAAGAUAAUGGCCUCCUGCUGCUGCCUGAAUGCUGAGCUGAGGUUGAGGUGUUUUCAAGGCCAACUUUGUGACGUGGAGUCACUCUGUUCAGUGACUUAAUUGUAAACCACUAAUUACUGAUGGUGAGUUACUCACUUUGUGCAGUGUUUGUCUAGCAGAGUAAAAGGUUACUUACUACUCCCUUUCUCUGAAAUACUUUAAAGAAGAAACUUCCUUUGUGUUUCAACCAGGCAGAAGCUAGAAAUACUAACCUUUUUUUCCCCUAUACCUUUGAAAAAAGUUACAAUUUACUGAUACAAUUAAGGCUAGUUUUAUCUUGGAACAAAUAAAUUCAGUAUUAAUUCAAGUGUCUAAAUCACCGGGGUUAGUUAGUACUCUUCCAGCCCUCCAGAUCAAUUAGAGACUCUCAGAAGCAGUGGAGGUCCCUGGCUAGGCGGUGGCCUACAGAGGCGUAGCUGCGGGGCGUUUCCUGGCUGAGGAUGGAGGCUGAGGAGGUCACUGAGCGACGGGCCCUGCACUGCGUCUCUCUUAUAGAGUCCUCUUGGUCAGCUGACUCUGAGGAUGGCAGUGGGAUUAGACUGCACAGUUGCUGGUAGGUGAGUUUAAAGUCUUAAUCUAUGCAUUCAGAGAAAUAUUUUUAUAUGUUUUGUGUAAUUUAUAACAAGGAUUUUUUUUUAGCUUUGUUAAUUGUGAAUUUGCCCCGCCUCCUCUACUGCAUAUGCAAAGCAUGUGUUCACACUGUGUGUAAAUAUUCACUUUGUGCACUGCUGACUGUUCAAGCAUAAUAAGUAUUAUUCAAAUUAAAUAUUAACUGACUAAGCCCCUA